GUCCGACUCAUCCUUGUGUGUCUCUCUACGCCAUAUCCCUCCCCCUCUCGCUCCACCCCGCAUCAUCUCCUUCCUCGCGCACGCAAACGACUUGCGCAGUAACCACCGCCUCUCCCCUUUUUCUGCUCUCCGCAGCCGCGCCCUCGGUUAUCCGGCAUCCACCGCCCCCCUCCGACAGCCCGCCGCUCCCGUCGAAUUAGGCGCGAGAUGAUGACGUCUCGGCGGGGCAGCGGCAGCGGCAGCAGCUGCUGCGCGCUCUGCGAGGGAUCCAACCUCCCCUCCUGCUGCGUCGCCUGCGUCAACACGAGACUGUCCGACUACCACGCGAAGCUGCGCAUGAAGAGGAAGCUCCGCGACUCCUUCCAGUCCCGCGUCGCCGCGCGCCUCGAGGCCAAGAGGAAAGCGGAAGAGCAGAGGAGCUGGAGAGUGAGCAAAGCUCAGGACAUCAAGGAGCUGAAGGAUCGGCUCCAUAAAUUGACGAGUCAAACUGCAAUAGAGAAGAAGAAGGUUGAGCACGCAGCGAGUGAUCUCAAGGCGAAAACAGAUACAUUGAAUUUGGCUUUUGUCACGCUAAAAGUGAAGCAAACUGAGUCAUUGACAAUGCACACCAAUGCCAUGAAAGCAGCACAAAUGGGUCUUAUGGCAGCUACCUCUGAACGUCUCAAAAGGCAGUCCAAAGCUAUAAAGCAACUUUGCAGGUUGUUCCCAAUGCGACGAGCCAUUAUAGAUGGAGAAAAGAAGGAUGGCCACAGUGAUCCGUAUGAUGUUAUAUGCGGCGUUCGUUUACCUCGUGGUCUAGAUCCACAUUCUGUUCCUUCAGAAGAGCUAUCGGCUUCAUUGGGGUACAUGCUACAAGUCCUCAGCAUUGCAGUUCCUAUCCUAUCUGCACCAGCCCUUCAUGUAGCUGGCUUUGGGGCUUCAUGUUCCCGUAUAUGGCAGCGGAGUUCCUACUGGAGUACACGACAAUCCCAGAGGUACUAUUGUAGCAAGGUUUACCCACUUUUUGUUCCUCGGCAAAAUAAUUGCUCUGUUGGUGAGGAAAAUUCAUGGACAGAAAGUGGUUCGGGUAACUUCGGUGUUGACUCUGUGGACUCAGAUAAGAAAUCACUCUUUGACUCCAAAAGAAGCAAUAGCUUUAACUUCUCUGCUGCAUCUUCGCACUCCAUGGAAAGGCAUGAAGACUUGCAACAAGGAAUAUCGUUAUUAAAGACAAGUGUUAAGGCCAUUACUUCCUACUACUACAACUCAUUGGGCUUGGAUGUGCCAUCCAAUCUUUCUACUUUCGAUGCAUUUGCAAAGAUGCUCCAUAUGUUAUCGUCAUCAAAGGCCCUUAGAGCUGCUCUUGAAUCAAAUAUCGCCUCAAGAUCAGAAAAGCAAGCACAGCAACUAAACAGAUCGAUAUGGAAGGCGAGUUCGGCCAUCUCAUCUAACAGCAGCCUGCUGGACAGCACACACACAGCUAUCAUGCCGAGCGCUCUAGAUAACCUCCUCCUCAACUCGAACAUGAGUUUCCUGUACACCGGUAAACCUACAAAACAUGGCGGAGCAAUGGACAGUAUUUUAGACGGCUGGGACAUGGUAGAGCGCGAGAUCCUACCGCCGCCACCAUCCCAGGCCGAAGACAUUGUGCAGUGGGAAAAAGCCCACACUUAUGCUCGCGGUGGUGCCAAAAAGAAAUAGCUCUCAUCCUAUGAAUUCGCAGAAACAAAGCUUUUAGAACACUGCAGGAGUAGCUAGAUGAAUGGAUGGAUGGAUGUCUGAUGAUAUGAUCUUUGUUUAUGUACAGAAACAGAGGUAAGCACCAGUGAGUUAUGCAGAGAAGGGUAGAACUGAUCAGCAACCAUCUGUACAGCACCUGUAAUUUGUAAAUAUACCUCUAUAGUACUUACAGGCCAUGAAUUAGUAUAUAUGUAGCUGUUCUUGCCUGUAUGACGAUCUGAAGUUUUGAUUUCUAUUGUUGCCCUGCCC